GUAACAAAUCAAAUCACAACAAGAAUGAGAUCUGUUCAGCAACAAUGCACAUCCUCAUUGCAAACUAGAUUUAAUGAUGUUUUAGACAUAGAUGGGUAUGUUACAGCUGCACUUGGAGAUAGCUGGACUCAUAGUGUUAAUACUAGACUUGUAUUACAAUAUGUAGAUCAACAACAAAGACAAAUUGUUAUCGCCAAAUCACCUAUUGCACAAGUAGCUAGUGUUAAUUAUGUUAUUGAAGAUAAAGGACCAACAGAAGUUUCAGAUUCAUUGAUAGUUUAUGACAGUAGAAGUAUGCCAUUAUGGACACAAUUAAAGUACAACAUGAUGCCAAUGGUCACCAAAUACCAUAUGAAAUAUUAUAGAAAAUACAACUAAUAAAACGUGAUGAUCCAAGGAAUUGUCAACAGUUACGCA